AUACCAACGGAAAGAUAACAGCUUUACGAACUCUAUCGUUUAUUGUUUUAAAGAUUCACGGAAAUUUCUGGUAAAAUCAACUUGAUUUGCAUUCCAAAACAUCGAACGGUCGCUGUCAAGUAUGCUCCAUCGAAAGAUUAGGAUAGAACUACGCGAACAGUCUGGUGUCGAUUGAGUUUAGAAGUGAACUCAAGUCAACCGCGAUAAGAUGUUGUCAACAUGGACAAUACCAACUGAUCCAGGAUUCGAAACAAGAAGGCCAACAAGCGCUGAUAGAUACAGUUCAGGUUAUGCAGAGAGGUUACCAAAGGCAAGAGUCAAGCCUGAAGCGCUUUCGAAUGCAAUUAAGAAUCAAGGAACGCUUGCCCAGCUGUUCAAUCCUCAAGCCAGACCGUACCCCAUCGGAUCAAGACCUUGUAAGUGACAUUCGCUUUACUAAAAAGGUAGCUUAAUUUGCUGAACUGUUUUAGUAGUAAACUACAUCCUUGAACUAAAAAUAAGCUUAUAUAGGCUUUCGGUGUGAACAUGGCUUGCCUACCAAUUACCUUAGUCAGCGAAGACUACGUAACGUCUGCAAAGCAGCGCCGAGAUCCUUUUUCUGAACCCCCGACGGGCUCAAUGAAUUACCGGAAGUGCUUUUUGAGUUUCCCUUCAUUGGCAAAUCGAGAAUGGCUUUUUUAACAGGCCAAUCAUGGCAUGUACUCAAAUCCUGGUACACAGACCCAGUGGGGGGUUGCACAGUUUCGCAGACAGACUUAACCAGAGUUAAGUUUCCUCUGUGGUGCAGGCUAGUGAAGACCAGACCAUUUAAGCUGCACUACACAUGGUCUGAGUCACAGACGUAAUUUAACCUUGGUUAGUAACGUCUGCGAAGCAGUCUGGUGGCCUUGUUCUGGGCUCCCAACAGACUUGAUGGAUUACUGGAAGAGCAUAUUUUCGAAUUUCCUUUCAUCUUGAUUGGCAAAUCAACAAUCUCUAUGCAUUUUCAAUAGGCCAAUCAUUGUGCAUACUCAAAUCCUUGUACACAGAAGGCAGCGUUCAAGUCAGUUCUUUCAAGCGGGGGAUCAUGUAGACCAUCUGAGGGGUCACCAAGACCAUGUGCUAAUUUUUUCGUUUUAUUUAACUUAUACGUCGCAUCAGGAAGCCUUCUUUGUCGCGUCAUUGACUAAAGACCCAUCUCUUAUCUGGAACACUGAGAUAAGGGCACAGAACAAGGAUUUUGGCACUGUUUUGCAGAUGGACUUAACCAGAAUUUAGUUUCAUCUGCAGUGUAGGCUAACCUAGAUUAAACUUAGUUGAUUAUGUGAGUUUGGAAGUCAUCUGAAAAGUAAAAGUUAAAAAAGAACAAAUCUUCUUCUAAGGUGAAUGAAAUAACUGUAACUCAGCAGAUCUCAACCUUUUAUUGUUUGAAUAACUCAAAACCCAUAUUCCAGUUACUUGUUAGAUAUACGUAUUUAGCAGGUAACAUAUUUAAGUACAAUGUGGCCUAGUGUGAAUUAUAUUUUGGUUUCUUGGGUUAUUUUUACCAGUCAUUUCAAUGCAAAGCCGUUUCGAUACAGGUUUAAUUAGUCGAGGUGUAAAUAGUUUCAUGUCAUUGGCUUAAAGAACGAAGAAUAUUCACCCAACAUGUGUUUCUCGUUUACAUGCAAACUGUACUUGAAGUGAACAAAAUUUUUGUACAAUUUCACUGCUUGAGUUCAUAUCAAAACAACCAGUUUUCAUGUGUUGUAGGUAGCGUGUCUGUCAAAUUGGUUGCUCAAAUAGAACUUUGCCAAUAGAUUUGUUUUAAUUAAGACUUUGUUUUGGUGAAGUCGAAGUGGGAGCAUGCUCUUUCAACAGUUACAUGUAAGAGACAGACUAUGUUACUUGAUAAAGGAACUCAGGAAUGUAAAGAAAAAACUCUAGUUGCAGAUGGACACAUAAUGCGGGUCCCAAAGAUGUCGUUAUUGCGGAGAGUUGACUGUAUCAGUGCGUCCCUGACGCAUAAAAGUCCGCAAAGAUGCAAAAUAAUUCAUGGCACGCCUCCCGUGGGACCCGAAGAUCGAUCGAUCUAAACAUGUGUAUUUGUAGAAAUAUCCAGCCUGUUCAUGUAGUUUGUGUGGCAGUUAUUAUGGCUGUUGUUUAGUGAUGUAUAACAAUUAUAAAAUAUGGUCCUUCUAUUUUAAAGUACAACAAAGGCUAAAAGAAUUAUUCUUUUAGCCUUUGUUGUGCUUUAAAAUAGAAGGACCAUAUUUUAUUUCAGUGUACUGUAAUACAGAGUUUAGGAGUCUGUCUUCAGAUUAACUGUCUGGUUACGUGAAGGCCCAAGCAUUUCCAAUAAUUAUUAUGGACUCGUUUUUUUUUUUGACUAGGACUCAUUGGUUCAGGACAGGGACUCACCAUAAUUCCUAGGACUCACCAUAACUAUUUGUAACAAAAUCUCUGCGGUAUAGAUCUGACAAUUUGAAAACAGGUUGUCCCUACAACUCUCUUACAUUAAGCUAAGGUCUAUUUAACUGCUGAGCCAACUUAUGAUUUAACCUGAGCUAAUUAUAUUGAAUACCGUUCUCAUCAGUGAUUAAUUUUCUGCUUACAGCUUCUGCACAACCUAAGAAUUUUGCAAAAGAAAAUGUACAUCGAAUCAAGGAGAUCCAGAAAGCAAAUAGAGAAAAGCAAAGAGAGGCCAUGACGACUGAACCAGUUAAAGCAGUUUAUAAACCUGGAAAAUUUGAUCAUGUGGAUUCUAAAGUUGCCCAAGAAGUGAAGGUGUGGAGAGAUUUAAUAAUAAUUAUUUAUCAUCAUCUAAGAGUAACGUCUCAUUGUGGAUUGAUUGCAGGUUACAUUAUCUCCUUGUCAUCUGGCUGUUUGUUUAAACAUCUAGCCUUGGUUGUUCAAAGGCUGGAUAGCACUAUCCACCGCAUAAAUCUCUACCCAGUGGAGAGUGCAAUUAGUUUCCCAUACUAAUCACUGGAUAGUGAUUUAUCUGGUGGAUAGCUCUAUCCGGCAUUUUGAACAUUACCAGGGCCUGUUCAGUCUUUUACACAAGGGUUACCCUGCACAAUAAUAAUGUUUGUAACAUUUACAUGUAUCCAGGGAGCCCACUCCCCUAAGCAGUUUUCAGUGGGGUGUUGAAGGAUUCCAGCUGCCAUUUCAUGGUGUUUUCAGGCAAUGUGUUAAUUUUCAAGAAUUUUAUCGAUCACACCAUUCUCAAGUGUGACUGAAGAAGUUUUAUUUGAAAGGUCAUGUGAAAACAUUUUAUCCACAGGUUUAAAAGUUAAAACAGUGUUCUAUAUUUUCUUGUCUGUUUGUAAUUCAGUCUGGACAGAAAGGUUAAACACUGGUGUUCAUCCCAGUAUUGCUUACAGAUCAAUAUUUUAUCCUCAUUUUCAAUUUUAUUCUCCUGCAUGUUUCAAAGUUAUUAUCACACCCAAUGAUGACUGAUACACAAAUGAUAUUUCAAAGUUGAACCAAGGGUAAAAUUGAACAUAAGACAAAAUAAUGUCAGCACCCAGGUUUAGGCCAGUAAAUGUUACUAAUAAUAGAAAACUACAAAAUUUACGUACAGCACUUUUUAACUGGAUACUUUUUUAAGAAGGAAAAUAUAAUCGAGUAACAGACUAGCGUCCGUCAUACUAGAGUACUCUCUCUCGAGUUCCUGUCAGUAGUGUCAAUUUUGCUGACUAGAAGAUUUUUUCACUCUGACUUGUUCUAAAAUAACAUAAUAAUGUGCAGUGUAAAUACUCCCAUCAUCAAAGAACUGUCCUGAAUGAGCUAAAAUCUCGUAGAAAAAUUCAACAAUAGUAAGUGAGAUUAAAGUCAUGUUAUUAUACAACAGAACAAACUUAAGUCUAUUUAUCUUUAUUAGGCUCCUCCACCACUACAGAGAUCAAACUCUGCAACAUUUCUCCGAGCUGGUUCAAGAAAUGGACCCCCAGUUAAAGAUCGACCUACAUCUUGUGAGCCUGUUAUUCCACGCGAGAUGAAGCUUACUGUUCCCAAGGCAGCUAUUGCUAAAGAGGUUUGUAGAAAUUUAAAAGCUUGGAAUUAGUGGAAGCAAGUGAUAUAAAAAUUGAACAACAUUUUCAUUGUGAUCCUUUGAUUAAAAGCACUUUAAAUUCUUUGUCAAGAGCAGAUGUCAAAGUUACUGUGGUGUUUCUUAGGCCCAGUUCAAAUGUCGAUCUUUUCAUGUGCCAAACUUAACACCUAUUUAGGUCGAACCAAAUGAUAAAAGUUUGACGAUUGAUUCAGACAUCGAACUUAAUUUAUUUUCACGAUUUUCAAUAGUCUAAAAUGCGUACAAGUGAAAAUAAAUUUUAGUUCGUUCAUUAGGUUUGGCACAUGAGAAGUUUGUUGUUGAACUUAAGUCGCUCCACAGUCGAAAUUCCUAUGUAGGCCACCCAAUCUUAAUUCAUGGGUUAGAUUUGUUGAACUGCUCUCUGCUUCCAUGUUUGUUUUCAAUCAUUAGUUGACAUCUAGUUUAGCUGAGAAAUUGUUUUCAAAAUUACAUUUUGAUGAAAGUGAGUUUGAUAAUAAUUUAUAUUAUUAUAAGCAAAAAAGUUCUAAAAAGAACCCUAUCCUCUCAAACGUGGAAUUUGUGAUGUUUUAGGAUGCAAAAAUCCAGGCAGUAAAUCACUUACCUCUAGAGCAUACUGUAACUGUACAAAAUGUGAAUAUCAAACCACAAACCUGACAUUAAAGCACUAGUCAGAUGACUUCUUGAUGUCUGUGGUUUGCGGGAACUGCAGAAAAACCUUGAUCUUAAGGUCUCUAAUGAAACUAUUUACUCUCCUGUUAGGUGUAUGUCCUUUUUGUGAUCUGUUUUUGUUUUCAUUUCAGCACAAGCCAAAAGUCAGAAACAUAAAUCACGUUGGUGAUAAUAUUCGCAGAGCACCCUCCCCUCUCAGACCCCGCCCACCCUCAGUUAUAGCAGCAGAGCAGCUGGAAGCUAAAAAGGAACAAGCUGAAAAACGUUACAAGAGAGGAAAAGUACCCAAAUAGUAAGUAACCUGGACUGCAGCCAGCAGCCAGUUUACCUAGAAAUAAUCUAAAGUUCUCAUAGCCUGCACCACAGACGGAAGUUAACUUCUGGUUAAGUCCGUCUGCAAAACAGCACUGAAAUCCUUGUCCUUUGAGUAUGUGCCAUGAUUGGCCUGUUAAAAAAGCCAUCGUCAAUUUGCCAAUAAGGUUGAAGGGAAAUUCAAAAUGCACUUCCGGUAAUUUGUUGAGUCCUCUUAGGGCCCAGAACAAGGAUAUCGGUACUGCUUUGCAGAUGUUACUAACUUCGCAGACGUUACUAACUGGGGUUAAACAGGGUUUAAAGAAAGUCAGUUUUAUAGCCUGCCAUUUGGGUAAGCUGUGGCUAGCAUGUACUAGCCCACAAGUCAUUUCAACUAGCCCCCAAACCCUUUUUGAUUAGCAGGAUUGAUUACAAUCCUUAUGUAAUUUGAAUUUCCCAAAAAUACAACACUUGCCUGUCAGGCAAGUUAAGAACAAAAAUCACUCACCCGAUAGCAAAAUCCAGUAGCCCCAGACUAUUGGACACGACUUUCUUUGCACGCUGUUAAAUUACCUCGGCAACGCACGCUUUUUAAAAGAGGACGUGACAGGUUUAAAAUAAGAAAGAAUGGCCAUUUUUGGUAGAGAUGUUAAGGCAUCUGAGAUGAAAAAUGAUUUCAUCCUAGAUGUUAAUGUGUUAACUAGAUGAUUUUAUCGUCUCUAGCAGAGAAAUGGCUCCCAUUCCUCAUUUGCACCCCCCCUCCUUUCUUCUACUCCUUUUAUGCCCACUAUGUAUGUUAAGGUUUUCAAACAUCAGUCAUUGUUGCCAAAGGUUUUGUUCGUGACUGCAGUCAGUGAUGAUGUGUUUAUUUUUAAGCUGAUUUUCAAGGAAACUUGAAAUUACCAUUAAUGUUGCUGGUGUAGUACCAACCUCUUAAAAGGAGCUGUGGAGACAGUGUUCUGUCUUGCGGUGGUAACUGGACAUUUUUGUUGUUGUUGUUGUUAAGUCUCAAAGUUCGGCAAGAUCAAUGGAAGCAAGAAGAAGCAGAGAGAAUUGCCAACAUGCCAGACCCUAGUGUUCCAGCAGGUCAUGCACUCAUGCCUCGAGACGAACAACGACAGACUCUCGCUAACCUGCAAACAAGUAAGUAACAAAGCUCCCCAGGGAGAGGGGUGCUCGGUUUCUCAAGGCAUAGUAGGGUGAACUUCUCCAAGAGUUACAUUUAUGCUAUAGGUCAAAUUUAUUCUUCCCAUCUUUUACCAGCGAGAAGAGGCCUGACUGCUAGCAGGGAAAUUUAUUCUUGGUUCAAAUUUGAGUAGUCCUUUGUGUGUUAAAUAAUAAUGUUAUUGUGAAGGGUUUGAACCCAGGAGUCAUUUCAUAAGUUGGUGGAACAUGAUCAUCUGGGUGAACGUAAUCCUGAAUAGGACUGUUGUUGUUGAUACAUUCACAUGUACGAUCAUGUUUCACCUACUUCAGUAAUAUUAUUAAUGAGUACUAACCGAAGGAAGAUAAAAGCUUAGCACAGAGCAAUUUGACCCACAGCACAUACACUUUGACCAUCGCCUCCACGACGGACAUUUGUAGAAAGUGACAUGUGGUCUUUUUAAAAGUGCUUGUUGUGCUGCAGGUUUCCAAAGAGCAGAUUGGAGUUAGAAAAAUGCCUAAUAUACAGUCGUCCAUCCACCGUGUUAGAUACAUUUAAAUUGGCGCAAAGAUUUACCUCAUUCAAUCCUAUCAGGGUGUUCAAAAUUAUCUUUUUGUCCCAUGUAAGGGAUUUUGGAUUCCAAAACUGGGAAGUCUUUGCCUGUGGAAUCCGGAAUCCAUAAACUAUGGGUUGUGGAAUCUGGAAUCGUGGGCUUUGGAAUCCAGAAUGCCGCUUACGAUUGGGAUCCAGAAUCCAAGUUCCCGCUGACAGAGUAUCCGGAAUCCACGGCGUUGAAUCCAGAAUCCAAGACUGUCUUAAAUUUCCUUACAUGGGGCGAAUCUUUUAACAUGUUGUACCCAGCAAUGUUGGAUAAAGUUGGACCAACUCUUUUGCCGCAAUUUCAACAGGCCCAAAAACGUUUACUUCGAAACUUUGUCCUUUCCCCGCGUUCAUUCUCAUCCUAUCAAAGCUUUUUAAAUCUGUAGCUUUGUAAAUCUAUAGUACUUAUCGUACUGUUAAUAAAUUAAUUUAUUUGGGUAUUUCCUUUUUUUCUUUUUUCUUUUUUUUUUUCAUUUACUUAAAGGCCAAGCCGAGCUUCUCACCCAAUUAAACGCACUUCCAGUUCGAGUGGAUACGCUCCGAGUGAAGACAACCAAAGCAGAACUGGAAAGAAAACUUGCUCAAAUAGAGGACGCUAUAAAAAUAUUCUCCAGACCGAAAGUGUUUGUAAAACUGGACGACUGAAAUUAAGCCCUUAGAGGGGAUGUUUGUGGAGUGUUUGCGCCACCAAUGUAAAACGUGGACUGUUGAAGGGAACUGCGUGAUAAAGAGAUGUGAAGAUUUUAAGAACAAUGAGAUUAUUUUAAAGACAAUGAACUAAGCUAAACACCGACAUAGUUUCAAAAGAACCAAGAUGAAACUGAUACUUAAGUUGGUCAUACAAUUUCUCUUGCAGUCUAUUGAACACUGAGGAAAGUGGGUCUAUAUUUGAAGUAGGUGGCUGGGACUGUUUUAUGGUUACCUUCCCACGGGACCGUUCAACAUUUUCGCUGUGUUCGCAGGGAACUUUGAACGGCUAAGCGUCUAGAUUUUCCCUGUGAACGGAACCCCUUAACACACGAAUUUUAAACCGGUAGAAAAUUCGUCCAUGCUGUGUGAACAUAGCCUAAAUCUCCUACGCAGCCGUUUUUUGUGUUGUCACGCAACGCUUUUCCCCGGUAGAAGCGUUGCGUGACGACACAAAAAUGACUGCGAAGGAGACUGCUUCAACUGAAGUCUUUGAAAAUCGCUUAAGAUGCCGCUGUUUUUAUCAUUAUCAUUUUUAAAAUAUGUAAAACUGUUCUAGUGAGGCCUUAAACUGCUG